AAACAGCUUGGUUUAAAUAUUUCCCAUCAAAGUGAAACCCAUCCAGGUCCCCAGGUGUCCUGACAUAAAAGGUAACCAGAACCAUAAUACUAACAUUACUCUAGAGGGCAGGGAUUCUGGAAGGCUCUUUCACGUUCAGGCAGUGCAUCAGGAAACUGGUAAUUCGACAUCUGGAUAAUCCCUUCGUUUCCCAUUGGCAAGGCUCGUGUGAGUUUGCAAAGCUCGGACACCGGUCCUUGAACGUCCUCUCUCUUCUCCCAAAGGAAACACGCCUCCAUGUGGACCCUCCUUUAAGGGAUAAAGUCCUAGUCGUCGGGCUGUAGAGGGACAAAUGUCAUCAGGCCUGGCUUUGCAUCCCAUAUUUACUAUGGCUGGUCAUGCGAGCCCUAAGCAUUCCUGCUCUGCGUCCAAGAGUCCAGCGAGGGGAUAACGCAGCCUUCCUUCAGUAAGCUGGGAAUAACAAUCGCUUGCUGGCCGCUGUGACAACCCGGGUCGACUGAAAGUGACCUGGGCUGGGCUUAAGGGCACCCGAGGAGGCGCCUGCUCAGGCGAGUGCCGCGCCCCUCCCACCGGCCGGUGCAGGCGACACUGCCCAGAUCCUCGGAGGGCCAGGCGCUCGUCUCCAGGGAGGCCAACUGAGGGUGCUGGGGUCUGUGCGCGGCCCCACCAUCGGCUCAGGAGCUCCCGCCGCGCCAGAAGCCGAGACAAGAGGCCGCGCGCCGCCGCCCGCCAUGAAUGGCCCGCUGCGGUCGGGCCCGAGCAGCUGGCGCCUGGCGGCCACCCUGGUGCUGGCGGCGGGCGGGACGCGCCCGAGCGCAGCCGCCCCGUCGUCGGCCGAGGGCUUCCGGCUGCUGCUGCUGCAGCGCUCGCCGAACCAGGGCUUCAUGCCCGGCGCGCACGUCUUCCCGGGCGGCGUGCUGGACGCGGCGGACCGCUCCGCCGACUGGCUGCGCCUCUUCGCCCCGCACCAGGGGCCGCCGCGCUUCGGCCUGGGCCCAGCGCCGCCCCGGCGCGCAGCCUUCCCGGUGCUGCCUGACGCGGCCAACGGCGACGCGGGGGCGCUGCCCGAUGACGUGGCCUUCCGCAUCUGCGCCAUCCGCGAGGCCUUCGAGGAGGCCGGCGUGCUGCUGCUGCGGCCCCGCGGCGCCUUGUCCGCGCCGGAGCCCCGCCGCGCCCUCGCGCUGCCGCCGGGCCUGGCCGACUGGCGGGACCGCGUCCGGCGCGACCCGCACCACUUUCUGCGCCUGUGCGCGCACCUGGACUGCACGCCCGACAUCUGGGCGCUGCACGACUGGAGCGCCUGGCUGACGCCCUUCUACCGCGGCGCCACUCGCCGCUUCAACACGACCUUCUUCCUGUGCUGCCUGCGCGAGCCGCCGUCCGUCCACCCCGACCUGGCCGAGGUGGUGGGCUGCCAGUGGUUAUCUCCAUCAGAGGCAACUGAACGUUUCAUAUCAAAAGAAAUUUGGCUGGCACCCCCCCAGUUCUAUGAACUGAGAAGACUUGAAAACUUUGCCUCUCUGUCUGACUUGCACAAAUUCUGUUUGGAUCGUGCAUUAGAAGGACUGGAAAGAUGGCUGCCCAUCACGCUGCUGACUGCUGACGGGUCGCUGCAGCUUUUACCAGGUGAUGAGCUGUACUUAGAAGAUUCAACCUUUUUAGAAAAAUUUUUGUCUACUGAAAAAACGACUGAAGAAAUCAUGAAGGAAGGAGAGACAUUCCACCGCAUAGUGCUGUACGACCGCCACCUUUAUGACAUCCACGUGACGGUCCAGUCCAAGUGUAAACACGUUUAUCCUCAGAACUAUGUAGCGACUAAGAGCCGUCUAUAGGGUGCUGCGUGAUCGAAAGCUGCCCGCUUGAAGGAGUCCUCAUGAAGAACAAGGGUCAGCUGAGCUUCUUAAGAACUCUCUGCCUGUAAAGCUGUAAUGCAGUGUUUUUUUUAAUUUCAGGUGUAUUACAGAGCUCUCUGGUUUCUUUUAUUAAACCUUACAGUAUGCCACAAGUAUAAAGCUUAUAAAAUAGUAUACGUGAUUUUGUUGCCAAAACAAGAAAAAAAAUUCACAAGGGUCUCCACGUCUAUAAUGUUAUGUCAAAAUUUUAAAUAAGAUGUUCCACUGCCAUUGUUCUAACAGCUCUCUAGAGGUUGAUCCAUGAAUCCCGUAGACUUUCUGCUAUAACUCAGUUAAGGAUGUCUGAUGAGAUAGUGAACAGUGGAGUGAGACAACCUUUCAGUGACGUCUAAGAAGUAAUGAAGCCAUAGUAAAGUCGUCAUUAUUUUUACUCCAGGGUGUUAAUGAAUGAAAAGAGUUUAGAGAGAGGUCAUAAUUAGUGCUGUUUGUAUGAGUCCAUGCGCUUAAUAUGAGUAAUUUCAAACUCCUGGGCUCAAGUGAUCCUCCUGUCUCAGCCUUGCAAGUAGCUGGGACUACAGACACCUGCCACAAUGCAGUUAUUUUUUAUUUUUGGUAGCGACAGGUCUCGCUAUUGCUCAUGCUGGUCUCAGUUGGGGCCUCUACCCGGCCCUGCCUCCCUGAGUGCUAGGAUUAUAGGUGUGAGCCACCACUACUGGCCUAAUAUUAGCAAUUGUUUUACCUACUUUGAGAUGAAAUGUUUAUUGACUAAAGGUGGGAAAUGAGAGUUAGGAUACUAAUUAUAUUUCAAGGUCUUUGACUCAGUUCUGCAAUGUACAGUGGAUUUCAUUUUUCAUGAAAUGUCUUAUUAGUUUUCUACCUACAAAAUAAAGGCAGUGACAAAUAAAGCUUGUAUGUAUUAUUUAAUCCUGGUUAGAGGAAAAUAUUUGAAGCAGUGGUUCUCAGCGCAGCACUUUUUGCCCUCAGGGGCAUUUUGCUACUUCUGGAAACACUUCUGGUUGUCCCAACUGAGGGAAGGACACCACUGCCAUCUAGUGGGGAGAGGCCAGGGCGGCAGCGCAAGACCAAGGGUGAGAAACCUGAUCUAAAGUCUCUUUAUUUUGUUUUUUUCAGCAAACGUUUCCAAUAUGUAAAUUUGGGGAGCCACAGAUACUGUUAUCACUCAAUCCAGCUUUUGGCCUUAGGCAUGAUGCUGUUUCAUUCGCACAGAAUACAGGAAUGCUCCGUACAGCUGGAAAGGUGAAGGGCAUGAUGGUGCCAGCAGGAAACAGGUUCUGCAGCCAGUUAGCCUCACAACCAAGAGUAGAACUUGCUCCUAGUCCUGUGGCCUCUUCAGUGGAGCUCCUGCACCUUGGUGGAUGGUAUUAGAUGUUGUGAAUAAAUGAUACCACUGGUUUUUCUUCAU